CAUUGUAGUGUACCAAAGUCCAAAAAGUCCAAACCAAAAAACAAAAAUUGUUGUUUGCUUCUUUCUUCUUCCUCCUUCUCCAUCACUUUGCCACCCCAUUAAGAAAAAUCGAUCCUUUCUUAUGUUCCAUGCUUCUUCGAUUAUCCUUCAUCUUCUUCUCUUUCUCUCUCUUCCAUAGCACACGUUCCUUCAUUCAAUGACAUAAUGAGGAUAAUGGUGGAGAGGAACUAAACUUCUUCUUGCUUGGAUUUUUGUUAUAGAUUUGGUUUUUAUAUAUGACAUUUUCGGUUUUCUUCUUCUUUUUUUGGCCUUGUAAGUUGUGAAGUUACAUCUUGUUGCAUUUUAGGCUGCUGAGUAAAUAAAACAGUGUGUUGGAUUGACAAUUACCUUUUAGGCCUUUUUUCUGGGGAUACAAUUUUGGUAGUGAUUUAGCAAGAUGUCAAAAUUUGAGGGUGUUAUUGUCUCCGAUCAAUGGCUUCAGAGUCAGUUUACACAGGUCGAACUUCGCACCCUGAAAUCAAAGUUUGUCUCCUUGAAGAAUCAGAAUGGUAAAGUUACAUUUAGAGAUUUACCAUCUUUAGUGGUGAAGCUAAAGGCAUUCGCAGAUAUGUAUAGUGAAGACGAGAUUAAGGCGAUCUUGUGUGAAUCCGACACUGACUUGACUAAUGAUGUUGAUUUCGAAUCCUUCUUAAGGGUAUAUUUGAAUUUGCAAAGUCAAGCUACGGCGAAACAAGGUGGCAGGAGGCAUUCAUCGUCAUUCCUUAAGGAAAGUAUAACUACCCUUCUUCACACAAUUAGUGAAUCGGAAAAAGGCUGUUAUGUUGCUCACAUAAACAGCUACCUUGGUGAUGAUCCAUUUUUGGAGCAAUAUCUUCCAUUGGACCCGGCUACUAAUGAUCUAUUCGAUCUUGCAAAAGACGGCGUUCUUCUAUGUAAGCUUAUAAAUGUUGCUGUGCCUGGGACUAUAGAUGAGCGAGCCAUCAACACGAAACGAAAAUUAAGUCUUUGGGAGAGAAAUGAGAACCAUACUCUAUGCCUCAAUUCUGCAAAGGCUAUUGGCUGCACAGUGGUCAACAUUGGCACCCAGGAUUUAGUGGAAGGACGACCUCAUCUUGUUCUUGGGUUGAUUUCCCAAAUCAUAAAGAUCCAGCUUUUGGCUGAUCUGAACCUCAAGAAGACACCUCAGCUUGUAGAAUUGGUUGAUGAUAGCCAGGUAGUCAUAUAUGAAAUCUUCUCUUAUUAUUUGAUUUUCAAUUUCAUUCUAAUUUGAAUAAAAUUGUAGCAAGGAGGUUACCAUAAAACUGUGAAGAAUUUUUCUUCGGAUGUUAAGGAUGGAGAAGCUUAUGCUUAUCUUCUUAAUGUUCUUGCACCUGAACAUGGCAGUAGAUCCACCUUGGAUACCAAGGAUACCAAUGAAAGGGCAAAUAUGGUCCUCGAACAUGCAGAGAAAAUUGGCUGCAAACGAUACUUGUCCCCGAAGGACAUUGAAGAGGGAUCCUCAAAUCUGAAUCUUGCAUUUGUUGCGCAACUGUUUCAUCAUAGGAGUGGCCUAUCUACAGACAUUAAAAAGAUGUCAUAUGCUAAGAUGAUGACAAUGGAUGAUGUACAAACAUCUAGAGAAGAGAGAUGCUUCCGGCUAUGGAUAAAUAGUCUUGGCAUAGCUACUCACAUAAAUAGUCUAUUUGAAGAUGUCCGAAAUGGAUGGGUACUUUUGGAAGUUCUAGACAAGAUAUUUCCAGGAACAGUAAACUGGAAACAUGCAACAAAACCUCCAAUUAAGAUGCCAUUCAGAAAAGUAGAAAACUGCAAUCAGGUCAUUAAAAUUGCUAAACAACUGCGAUUCUCGCUUGUCAAUGUAGCCGGAAAUGACAUCGUGCAAGGAAAUAAGAAGCUCAUUCUUGCUUUAUUGUGGCAGUUGAUGAGAUUCACAAUGCUUCAACUGUUAAAAAAUUUGAGAUCUCACUCACAAGGCAAGGAGAUCACUGAUGCCGAUAUUCUUAAAUGGACAAACAGAAAAGUGAAGAGCACUGGCAGAACUUCCCAGAUUGAUAGCUUCAAGGACAAGAGUUUGUCAAGUGGAAUAUUUUUCCUUGAGCUUCUCAGUGCUGUAGAGCCUAGGGUUGUUAACUGGAACCUGGUCACCAAGGGUGAAAGCGAUGACGAGAAGAAACUGAACGCCACCUAUAUAAUCAGUGUAGCGAGAAAACUUGGUUGUUCAAUCUUUUUGUUACCGGAGGAUAUUAUGGAGGUUAAUCAGAAGAUGAUUCUCACUCUCGCAGCCAGUAUAAUGUAUUGGAGCUUGCAACAACAAGGUGAAGAUGCACUGGAUUCAUUUCCUUCGCCUGCUGGUACUGCUACGACCACCACGCCGGAAGCUUCCCCAGCUCCAUCGGUUUGCGGCGAAGACGAGAGUUCUUCCCUUGGUGGUGAACUCUCCAACUUGAGUGUUGAUGAUGCCACAUCUGACACAACAGUGUCCUCACAACUUGAGUCUGAUGAGCUAUGAGGGCCUAGUUUUGCACUUUGCAAAGUUUUUUUUUUUUAUCUCUCAAACAUGAGAUGAGUUCCAAAUCAUUUUCUUUUUCUUUCUUUUUUGUUUUGUUGGUAGAUAAAGAAAUUAGAGUAAAGGGUAAGAAAAAUGUUCGUGGAAGGUAAGUUUAGGAAAUAGUUGUGAAUACCAAUAAUAAUAAUGUGUAAAAAGAUAUAUUGACAUAUGUCAUAUUGUUUAAUUUGUUCUUUCUAGAAAGGAAUUAUUAUUUGUUAGGGAACAAAAUAAUGGCCAGGAGGGCAAAAAGGGAAGGAUAUAAAUGAGGUUUCUUGAACAA